CAAUCAUUUCCAAGAUAAAGAGAAGCAUCAUUGAAAACACUGCUUCACUUAUUGCCUGUCAGCCAGAGAAAAAUGGAGAACUUCCCGCAAUCGUCCGCGCCACCGCUAGAUUACCGCAAAUUGUCCCACAAAAUCACCGAAAUCGCCGCCGGCGAAGCUCACACUCUCGUUCUCACUGCGGAUGGGAGGGUUUAUUCUUGGGGUAGAGGAAUGUUUGGCCGGCUCGGCACCGGAUCGGAGUUCGACCAGCUAUUUCCGGUCAGAGUUGAAUUUGGGUCUGCACCGGUUAAAAUUGUGGCUAUUGCCGCUGGGGCUUAUCACAGUCUCGCGCUUGCAGAUGAUGGAUCAGUUUGGGGCUGGGGUUACAAUGUCUAUGGCCAACUUGGUGGAAAUGGAGAAAAUUAUUUAGCUCCACAUUUACUGGAUGGAUUCCUUGGGCUGGGUUCCCCUAAUACAGCAAGAGAGGACUCAGAAAGGAAGACACUGAUGAUUUCCUCGGUCAAAGCUGGUGCAAUGAUGUCUGUGGCAAUUGACAGUCUUGGGGGUCUAUGGAUUUGGGGCAAUUGCCCUCAGCCACAACAAGAUAAGUCUACCGAGGCUGAAUUCUCUCUCACCUGCACUUUUAAUCCAGUACCUGUCUGGAACUUUCAUGGACACACUGUUGUUAAGGUGGCAUGUGGAAAUGAGCAUGUAGUGGCAUUAGUGACUAUUGGAGAAACAUAUAAAGGGAAUGAUCUUGUCUGCUAUUCUUGGGGUGGCAAUAGCCAUGGCCAGUUAGGUUUGGGAGAUAGGGAGAGCAGGCUCUUUCCCGAAAUCAUCGAACCCUUUAAUUCAGAAUCUCCUUGGACUGUAUAUGAGGUAGCAUGCGGGUCUUUCCACACAGCUUUAAUAGCACAGAAAAGCCCGAGUGACAUGUUAGAAAGUGUAUGCUGGACAUUUGGCCUCGGCGAGAAUGGCCAAUUAGGUCACGGCACUACCCAAAGUUAUUUUUCCCCUGAACCCGUGAAAGAGUUGCCAAAAACUGCAUUUCUCAUUUCUGUUGACUGCGGCUUAUUUCACACCAGCGUUGUCUCAUCAGCUGGAGAUGUAUGGUCAUGGGGAAUGGAAAGAGGCCUGGGCCUGUGCCCUGAUGCAAGGUUUAUCGGAACUGAAACGGGUGAUGCAAUAUUGCCCUUGUCGAUUCCUUGUAAUGGGCAUUAUGGGCCUAAAUUUCCAGAGCCUGUUCAAGUUGUCUGUGGUGCAGCCCAUACUGUUCUCCUUGCAGAUUCGGGAUACAAGCUUUGGUCUUGGGGCAGGGGACGCAGCGGGGUCCUUGGAACUGGGAAAAUAACUGAUUCUUUCGCUCCAACUGUUGCGAUGUGGCCACCUAUAGACGAGGAUUCCAAUGAGGAGGUUUUAGACAAUAAUGAUAAAAACGAAAAAACUGAAGAAAAGAAACCUAAGGACAUUGUUGAAAUGGAGAAGAAGUUAUUGGACGCGAUGGGGGAGAUAAAUCAACUUCAAUCCAAACUUUCUGUGAUGGAAAGGUAUGCCGGCAUCCUCCACAGCUCUAUCUUCGGGAGACCUUUUCAAGAGCAAGACAUUCCCGCCUCAUUGCAGAGCGGUGGCACAUUUGACAUCGCAAAGGAGUGGGAAAACAUGUUGGAGUCAUCAGAUCGUGGCAAGCUCGUGAGGUUAGAGAUGUUUUACCGCAACAUGCUUGCUGGUGUCAAGGAUAACGUUUUGAAGAAACGGAUCAAGGAGAUCGUUGUAGACUGCCUUGGCUCCUCUCGGUAAAGGAAUGACGCAAUAUGUUUGGCUACAAUCUUUAAGGUACACACCAUCACCUUGUUAUUUUCUUUGCUUACCUUUUUGAUGAUUGCAUCCAAAGUCCCUCCAUGCAUGCAUUUCUUCAGUUCUCCAAGCAAUAUUAGUUUUUGUAUGUAUACUCAAAUAUUGUUUGACCAAUAUAAUCAAGCAGUAGUGAGUUAUAUUGCCUUGUAAAUGCGGAUCACUACAUAAUUAUUGAUGAUUUAGUGUGGUGGUGAGAUAAA